UCGGCACCAGACUGGCUCCCUGGCUCAGUGUGCUACAUGAUGUGUGAGGCUAGGCAGCGCGUGGACGCUCUCCUGGCCAUCCUUGCCAAGCGUGGGAUAGAUGCAGCAUCCCUAGCCCAUCUCCCGGCCUAUCGCAAACUCCUCAAAAAGCGCUCAACCCUCGUGGACGAGAAUGAUAACAGUGAGGACAAGAAAAGAAAGACCAGGGACAAGUGUGGUGUUGAUUCAGACAAUGUUGUCAACAAGUAUAAUACACGUGGUACCUGGUAUGCCGUCUUAAUGGGCAUCCUUGCCCUCUUUCUCGGAGCAAUAUACCAGUAUGAGCUACAUACACAACAUGGAUUCACAAAAAUGUGGCUACGAUGGGAGAAUGUUGAUCUAUAUGCAGAGCAAUGUACUAUCGACAUGCCAGCGGCUGUACAAGACGUGUUUCGACCGCCGGUAGAGUGCGAAAUGUGUCGACAAGUGAGCCACGUAGAGCGUGUUUCGACCAUCACUCCGCAAUAUUUCGAACAGAGGUACGCCUACAGUGGUCGUCCAGUGGUCAUCACAGAUGGUCAGAGAAACUGGACAGCACCCAGCACCUUCUCUUUCGACUUCUUCAAGUCCAUCUAUGCUGACGACUCCCCAGUGCUGGAGAACUUCGAGCGGGACUGUCAGUUCUUCCCCUACCAGACCGAGUUCCGUAACCUGCGACAUGUCUUUAACAUGACCCACGAGAGAGUAGAGAUGAGAGGUGAUCCCUGGUACAUUGGAUGGAGCAACUGUGACUCUACAGCGGCCAACAUCCUGCGAGGUCACUACCACCGACCAUACUUCCUGCCUCACGCAGCCGAGUCCUCAAAAACUGACUGGAUCUUCAUGGGCACUCCAGGAUACGGUGCUCACAUGCAUAUCGAUCAUGUUGGGAACCCAUCCUGGCAAGCUCAGAUCCGUGGCAGGAAGUUGUGGUCACUGGAACCUCCACCAGAGUGUUACUUCCAGUGUGUUCCCAUGGAAGUGGUAGUGGAACCAGGAGAGAUAAGUAAGUGCUGAUGGUAGUAGUGAUGGU